AUGGUUCGCGGCGCCGAUUACGACAACGGAAUCCCUCAAAGUGACAAUCCCAUUGAGGCGGGUACUACGAAGGCCCAUGGCACUGGCCCCACCGAUGCCCCCGUGAACCGCGCCAACAAGGUCGCCCCGAUGCCCCAAGAAACUGGCUCACAGCGGGAGGUCUUCAGCGGUAUGGGCAGUGCUGGUUCCAACAGCGGCAAGGGUGGUCAUGAGCCAAAGUCCCUUGGCGAGAACAAGGGCCGUGGUGCCCAAGGCGUCAACUAA